AUGUACAUGAACACUCAUGUGCAGAAGCUGUGUUCAAAGGCCUUGACCCGGGCCUUCCUUGCUGAAUUCAUUGGCACUGCUGUCUUUGUGUUUGUGGGCCUGGGUUCUGCCCUGCCCUGGCUCUCCGCGUUGCCCUCCGUCCUGCAGAUUGCGCUGGCCUUCGGGCUGGCCAUCAGCACCAUGGCGCAGGCCUUGGGCCACAGGAGUGGUGCCCACCUCAACCCUGCGGUGACCAUAGCUUUCUUGCUGGGCUCCCACAUCUCCCUCUGGAGAGCUGUCUUCUACGUCCUUGCCCAGCUGACUGGAGCAGUGGUGGGAGCGGCUCUGCUCUACGAGUUCUCUCCCAGCGAGGUCCAUGGGAGCCUGGGAGUCAACGGGCUCCAGAACGGCACAUCAGCAGGACAGGCUGUGGCCAUUGAGCUGUUCCUCACACUCCAGCUGGUGCUGUGUGUUUCCGCCUCAACUGACAGCCGCAGGACUGACAAUGUGGGCUUCCCAGCACUGUCCAUUGGCUUGUCAGUCACUGCGAGACAUCUCUUAGGGAUCUACUACACCGGCUGCUCCAUGAACCCAGCUAGAUCAUUUGGGCCAGCCCUGAUCAAGGGGAACUUUGCUAGUCACUGGCAUCCUUUCUUUCGGUCUCCCUAUAUUUUCUGGAUCGGACCACUGGCUGGUGCCAUCAUAGCGACUCUGCUCUACAACUAUCUUCUAUGUCCACAACCCAGGAGCACAGCAAAACGACUUGCCAUCCUUGGAGGACACAGUGAUCCUGAGAGUGAAUGCCAGAGGAACCUGUCUCUGAAGGCAUACUUCAUCCACACCCUGCCCAAGAUCAGGGAUGAUCAAGCCUGA